AUGGAGCAGCACACCUUCCGCCGCCGCGGCCUUGGGCUUCGCGGAGCCGACGAAAACCGCGUCUCCCCAGGCUACGUCCUCUACGCACCUCUCACCUCGCGCACCGCACACUUGAUCUCAACAACAGGAGAAGAAGUCCACCGAUGGACUCUCCCGCAGCGUGCUGGUCGCCACGCCCGGAUCCUCCCCAAUGGUAACCUCGCCUACAAUGGCGUCCACCCGGACUCUCCCAACCUCUUCCCUAUGUGGAAGAAGUACUGCGGCGGAGUCAUGAUGCAGGUUAACCCCAAAGGCGAGGUUGUGCGCAAAUACACCGACCCCCGCGCCCACCACGACCAGAACCAUCUCGACGAUGGUACGCUCCUAUACACCACCUUGGAACCCCUCACUGCCGACGAAGCAGCUCGCGUCCGCGGCGGCAUCCCAGGCAGCGAAGCUCCUGACGGGACUAUGUAUAGCGACUGCAUCAAGCUCGGAACAGCCCAAACAACCGGCGGCGCAAAACUCCUCUGGUCCUGGCGCGCAAUCGAUCACCUCGACCUUUCCAAGUUCCCACAACACCCCGACUACCCACGCGAGCACUGGCCGCUCAUCAACAGCGUCUCACUCGACGCCAACGGCGACAUAAUCGCGUCUUCCCGAAACACCUCUUCCGUGUUUGUGAUCAGCCGCGCCACUGGGGACGUGAUCUGGCAUCUCACAGCCCCAAUUGUAAACCAGCAGCACUGCGCACACGAAGUUAACGCAGAAACGGGAGACAUGCUUAUCCUGGACAACGGGGUUUUCCGACCAGGCCUUGCGGUUCCAUUCUCGAGAGCGAUUGUUGUCUCUAGAAAGACAAAACAGAUAACCUGGGAACAUAAGGAUCGUACCACGGGUGGCCUGGGCUUCUUCACUCCGUUUAUGGGGUCUGCGCAGAAAUUGGCAGGUGGGAAUGUCCUUAUUGCUGAAGCGGCGACGGGUAGGAUCUUCGAAGUUAGUGCGGAUGGGCAGGACGUGGUAUGGGAGUUUGUGGUGCCACAGUUGAAUGAUUACAGCGGCGUCACGGGGGAGGAGGAUCUCAAACAGAUGGAGAAGAUAGGCUUUUCGUAUCAGAGUAACGCGGUCUUUCGGGCGUAUAAAUAUGCGCCUGAAGAGGUGCCGUGGUUAACGACGUCCUGA